AUGGAAGAUUUAUCAUUGAACUUAAAUGCUUUACCAGAUGAAAUUCUUAUAUUUAUUUUGAAAAAAUUGGAUCAUGUCGAAGUACUCUAUUCUUUAACAGGAGUUAAUAAACGACGCACUACAAUUGCACAUGAUUCGAUUUUUACAAGUCAUUUAACAUUAUAUUUUUCGGAUAAAUGCAUCAAGCCAUUACCUGAUCCAAUCCUUGAUCGAUUUUGUUCACAAAUUUUACCAGAAAUUCAUCCUAAAAUCGAAUGGCUUAAUCUUGAACCAACAUCUAUGGAAUGUAUUCUUUGUGCUACAAACUAUCUAUAUUUAUAUGGACUUGGUUUAUAUGGUGUUAGUAUAGAACAAGCUAUAUUUCUUACUGGUAGGUUAUUUCACUUCAAUUAUGUUAAUUCUGAAUCCGUGAGAAGUAAAUAA